AUGGUCGGAAAAGGGGUAAAGAGAGGGGCUGUUGCUCUGGUACCUUCCGCCUCCGCGUUCGUCUCUCCAGCGGGCAACGAGCGAACGGCCAUGAGUGUAGAAAGGGAAGAAGAGAGGGAGGGAGGAAAGGGAGAAGGAGAGGAGAGGCGACUACUUAAAGUUGGCGGAAAGUUUGGUUCGGCAGCAAAGUUAACUCAGUUAAGUUCUCCGCUCCUAAAGCGAAACUUCGGUUCUCCAACGCCUGCCCUGCCAGCCAGCCUGCCUGCCUGCCUGCUUACUUCUCCAUCCUCUCUUCUCUCCCUUUCCCACCAUACUAGUCAGCAUCAACCGAGUAUUGUCCCUCCUUUGAUGGUACACACCAGAGCAAAAAAAGAAACCGGUCUCGAGUCAGUACUUACGAAGAAGAGGUUUAGCUUUCAGGAGCAAAAGCGUGCAGCAGCAGCAGCAGCAGGCAGGAGUGGUGUACGUGGGAGAAAGUACAAGGAACACGGACGGACUGCUGUCGAGUCUCCACGAGUAUACAACAUUCGUUGUUGCAUUCAUAUUUGAAACCUUGAAGAGACAGAGAGAGGCCGACAGGUGGCGAGUAGGACCGCAACAAUUCGAGCGGACGGAACACUUCUCAAAACCGUUUAACAUCCCUUUAAGCGUCUCCAUGCCGGCCAACGAGUUGACGUUAAAUCAGAUCUGA